AUGAUAGCAGGAGAACAUCUUAAAUACGGCGCGGACAUACUUGCCCCUGUUAUUGCGUACAUAAUUCAACAAAGAAAAACCGAGUACACUAUUAUAAAAAGAGAUGAAAAUGAAGAAUGGAGAAAAACCAAAAAAAUAGGAUCACUUCUCGGAGAUAGCGAAGAUAUCGCACGCCGUAAGCAACUCGCGUCAGUAUCAUUUAAUCCCCUUUAUACUAUAUGGAUAAGAAAGGAUAAAGUUAAAGAAAAAGUCAGACUAAAGUUAUAUAAUGUCCUAGUUAAACCAAUCCUAACGUACAACUCUGCAACAUGGGGAUUAACUAAAGAGGAAGAACGAAAACUUGAUUCAUUUCAUAGGAAGCAUCUUAGAAAAAUUAUAGGAAUUCGUUACCAACAUAAAAUCAAAAACACAAAAUUAUAUGAUCGGUGCAAGGUGAGACCAAUCUCAUUAGACAUUCUUGAAUUUGGAUGGAGACUUUUCGGUCACAUUCUUAGAUUGCAAAGGGAAGUCCCAGCUAAUAAGGCAAUAAACUACUAUUUCGAAAACUCUAAGCAUAAGAAAUAUAGAGGACGAUCACGAACCACACUACCAGUUACUCUAUCGAACGACCUGAUCACCCUUCACAAACAAUUACCAUCUGCACUACCGCCCAUGAUCAAUAAUUUAAAAGAUGUAGAAACAAUACGAAGAAUCGCAGAAAGCAGACAUGAUUGGAGAAGAGUAAUCCUAGACAUAAGCAAAGCAGCCGAGGCGGGAAAGUCAUCCGACUAUCUGGUGGACCGGCAGUAA